CCACCAACAACAACAACAAUACCACCACCAACAGCACCAGCACCAACAACAACAACACCAGCACCACCACCAACAGCACCAGCACCAACAACAACAACACCAGCACCAACAACAACAGCACCAGCACCACCACCAACAGCACCAGCACCAACAACAACAACACCAGCACCAACAACAACAAUACCAGCACCAACAACAACAACACCAGCCUCAACAACAACAGCACCAGCACCAACAACAACAGCACCAGCACCAACAACAACAACACCACCACCAACUGCAAAACCAACUGAUAUUCUGUUGCUGGCGAUGUCCUUCAAAAUGAUUGGAGAUUUCACUAGCGACCUAAAUGAUAAAAAUAGUGACAAAUACAAAAAGUACAAAGGCGAUAUUGAACCAGUUAUCCAGGCCCAGUAUAGGAAGAACAUGCCAGGGUUUAUUUCAGCAACAUUGACAAGUUUCAGCCGUGGAAGUGUUAUAGCCAACUUUGAGGUUAGGACCACAGCUGCAGAUCCCUCUGAAAUUACCAAAGCUAAUGCUGGACUUGCAACAUCACUUUCAGCUGAUUAUCAAGUUGAUAUGAGCUCUUUCAUUAUGAUUUAUAACAGUAGCACGGUAUUAAGUUAUAAACCAACUACCAUUUACUCUGGUGGCACCAUGACUCUGGAGUGUGGACCACCUCCUGAUAAUGUAAAGAUGGGCAUUAUUAGAAACGUUGAGUGGAAACGAAAGGGAAGAGUUUUAACAUCGACCGGAAGGUUCAACAUCAAUACAGAUGAUUUUGCAUCACAAAAGACAACACUUGGUAUCAAAACUGUAAUUGCUGAUGAUGAAGGGAAAUAUGAAUGCACUCUGAAGAGUGACGAGAUCUAUUUCUACCAAACGGGUCAAAUUCAAAUCAAGGAUGCUCCCAUUAUUCAAACGAAUACAGAAAUCAAUACCAAAUGUGUGGUGGGGAAAGGUCAGCCAUUGGAGUGUUGUGUGCAAACUCCCUAUAAACUAAUGUGGAAAGAAGGCAAUGUAGAAUUGCCCAUAAAUGAGACUCCUGAUAAUUGCAUUAAAUAUAACUAUCAAAUUCAAAACUGUGAUGGAUCAUCGAAAGUUGUCACAUUAACAUGCCAAGUGAAAGACCCAACAGGAUAUGAAAAGACUACAAAAUUGACUCUUUUCGUAGGAGCAAUAUUUUGCAACGAUCUGGAAUAUGGUAGUGGCCAAGAGAAAGACACAUCAGUGGCACCAUGUAAUAAAGGUGAGGAUGGAAGAAAGACAGCGAUUUGUGAAAGCACUGGACGUUGGAAACUUCAGAGUGACACUUGUGUCUUGACUGCAAUCAAUGAGCUACUAACCUCAUCUCAGGACUUGAAAGAGGCAACAGUUGAAGAAUUUUUAACAAAACUUAAUAAUACCUCUGUUGAUCUAAAAGAGCAAAUCGUUAGUUCAAGUGCAACUAUUUCGACCAUUGUUGAUAUUCUGAGAAUUGUUGCAAGUGUUUCAAAGAACAUCAGCCAGUCUCAGAUAAAGAACAUUCUAGAAACAGUGAAUGUCCUAGUUUCUGAUGAAGCAAAACAAUCCUGGACCUUUCUCAAUGCCGACCAAAAUAAGAACACCAGCUCUAGUUUACUGGGCUCCAUGGAAUUUUUUGCAGGUUCUCUCCCAACAAAGUCCUUUAAUGUGACAACAAAGCUAAUUCUGUUAAACCAAGACACAUUUGACAACUCAUUCAGAGCAGACUUAAAUUCAAGUGUGUUGAUAGAGAUUCCAGAGACUAAUUCCAAUCACCUCACCAUCACCACUCUAACGUUCUACUCCCUCAGUAAUGUGUUGCCUGCCAGGAACGGCAGCAAUCAAAGUGUCAAUGACAACAUCAUCAAUGGACUUGUAGUGCUGGUGAAGUUGAAUGGGACGACUAAAAAUGUCUCAUUGAGCUUCGAUAAGGUGAACAAGUCGCUCACAUACAAUCCUCAGUGUGUUUUCUGGAACUUCAGCCUUUUUAACAGCCUUGGAGGAUGGGAUAACACAGGAUGUAAAGUGAUGUCUAAUGAGAAGGGCCAGGUCACCUGUCACUGUAACCAUCUGACCUCCUUCUCCAUUUUGAUGUCAACUUCCAUUCCGAAAGAGAUUCAAGAUGCUUUGGAUAUAAUCACUUAUGUUGGAGUUGGCAUAUCGAUGGGUAGCUUAGUCAUUUGUCUCAUCAUUGAGGCUUGUGUGUGGAAGGCCAUGACCAGAAACAACACCUCUUACAUGCGCCAUGUCUCCAUUGUGAACAUCGCUGUGUCUCUCCUGAUUGCUGACAUUUGGUUCAUUAUUGGUGCAUCAAUAUCAAAAAAUAUCCUUGAAAACCCAGGUGAAGACACCACAACACCUAUACCGGCAUGUACUGCAGCUACGUUUUUCAUUCACUUUUUCUACCUUGCUCUGUUCUUUUGGAUGCUGAUCUCAGGCCUUCUCCUUUUCUAUCGGACCGUCUUGGUUUUCUCCCAUAUGUCAAAAUCAACUAUGCUGGCUAUUGGCUUCUCAGUAGGCUAUGGGGCACCUCUUAUCAUUGCUGUAAUUACUGUGGCAGCAACAGCUCCAAGUGGUGGAUACAUCAAGGAAAACCAGGCAUGUUGGCUCAACUGGGACAAGACAAUGGCUCUCCUUGCUUUUGUGAUCCCUGCCCUGACCAUAGUGGUCAUCAACUUUUUGAUCCUGAUUGUGGUUCUGUACAAAAUGCUGAGGAGAGGCGUGGGGGAUGCUACCCAGCCAGAUGAGAGAAAUGCUGUUGUGGUCAUUGCCAGGUGUCUGGCCAUUCUGACUCCAUUCUUUGGCCUUACCUGGGGACUGGGAGUAGGAACCAUGGUUGAUCCAACAAAUAAGGGAAUCCAUAUUGUAUUUGCCCUCUUCAAUUCACUACAGGGUUUCUUUGUUUUGGUGUUUGGAACACUUUUAGACGGCAAGAUCCGGUCAGCUAUAGCCGGAACGUUCUCUUCCAUCCUCCCAGGCUCUGACCGUACGAGGAGUACCAGUGGUGGCGCGGCAACAUCAUCAACCAGUGCAUUAAACUUCAUCCGAAGAAGGAUAAGGAGGAAUGUCUACAACGUUUCAGAAGCUGCAAAUUCUUCCAACAGCACUGAUGCUACAGAGUCUUUCAUCAACACCUAAAAGUACCCAAUUGUCACACUUGAGUAAAAGUAUAGAUACCUUAAUAUGAAGUUACUCAAGUAAAAGUCAUCCAGUAAAAUACUAUUUCAGUAAAAUUAUUUGUUUUUAAAUAUACUUAAGUAUCCAAAUUCAAUGUAAUUGAUAAAAGCCCCAUCACUCAGUUGCAGUGGUGGAAGAAGUACUCAAUUGUCAUACUUGAGUAAAAGUAAAGAUAUGAGCCACUUUAUUUUAAGCAAAGCAGAUGGCACCACUUUUUUGUCAUUUACAAAAGAUGCAUUUGUGUUUAGUGAGUCAGCCAGAUCAGAAGCAGAAGGGAUGAUUAUGUGUUUUCUUGAUAAGUGUGUGAAUUGGACAAUUUUCCCGUCCUGCUAAGCAUUCAAAAAGUAACGAGUACUUUUGGGUGUCAGGUAAAAUGUAUGGAGUAAAAAGUACAUUCUUUUUUUCUUUAGGAAUGUAGUGAAGUAAAAGUAAAAGUUGUCAAAAAUAUAAAUAGUAAAGUAAGGUACAGAUACCCCAAAAAACAACUUAAGUAGUACUUUCAAAUAUUGUACUUAAGUACUUUACACCACUGGGUAGUACAAGCUGUUAUUCCACUUGACAAGAAUUAUAGCCUUUGACCUGGACCUGCAUAAAACAUGGCUUGGUCCAACACACAAUGAAUCUAUUGAAGAUUUGUGGACUUUUCUGGAAUAAUGUUGUGAGUUCUACAGUGCCUUGCAAAAUUAUUCAUCCCCAUAGGCGUUUUUCCUAUUUUGUUGCAUUACGACCUGUAAUUUAAAUAGAUUUUUAUUUGGACUUCAUGCAAUGGACAUACACAAAAUAAUCAAAAUUGAUGAGGUGAAAUGAAAAAAAUAACUUGUUUAAUUAAAGAAAUUCAAAAAAAUAUAACACGGAAAAGUGGUGCGUGCAUAUGUAUUCACCCCCUUUGCUGUGAAGCCCCCAAAUAAGAUCUUGUGCAACCAAUUACCUUCAUAAGUCACAUAAGUUUUUUUAAUGAAGUCCACCUGUGUGCAAUCUAAGUGUCACAUGAUCUGUCACAUGACCUCAGUAUAUAUACACCUGCUCUGAAUGGUCCCAGAGUCUGCAACACCACUAAGCAAGGGGCACCACCAAGCAAGCGGCACCAUGAAGACCAAGGAGCUCACCAAACAGGUCAGGGACAAAGUUGUGGAGAAGUACAAAUCAGGGUUGGGUUAUAAAAAAAUAUCAGAAACUUUGAAAAUCCCACAGAGCACCAUUAAAUCUUUGGCGAGAGGGCCUACCACCAAAACUCACAGACCAGGCAAGGAGGGCAUUAAUCAGAGAGGCAAGAAAGAGACCAAAGAUAAUCCUGAAGGAGCUGCAAAGCUCCACAGUGGAGAUUGGAGUAUCUGUCCAUAAGACCACUUUAAGCCGUACACUCCACAGAGCUGGGCUUUACGGAAGAGUGGCCAGAAAAAAAGCCAUUGCUUAAAGAAAGAAAUAAGCAAACACGUUUGGUGUUCACCAAAAGGCAUGUGGGAGACUCCCCAAACAUAUGGAACAAGAUACUCUGGUCAGAUGAGAUUAAAAUUGAGCUUUUUGGCCAUCAAGGAAAACGCUAUGUCUGGCGCAAACCCAACACCUCUCAUCAUCCCCAGAACAUCAUCCACACAGUGAAGCAUGGGGGUGGCAGCAUCAUGCUGUGGGGAUGUUUUUCAUCAGCAGGGACUGGGAAACUGGUCAGAAUUGAAGGAAUGAUGGGUGGCACUAAAUACAGGGAAAUUCUUGAGGGAAACCUGUUUCAGUCUACCAGAGAUUUGAGACUGGGACUGAGGUUCACCUUCCAGCAGAACAAUGACCCUAAGCAUACUGCUAAAGCAACACUUGAGUGGUUUAAGGGGAAACAUUUAAAUGUCUUGGAAUGGCCUAGUGAAAGCCCAGACCUCAAUCCAAUUGAGAAUCUGUGGUAUGACUUAAAGAUCGCUGUACGCCAGCAGAACCCAUUCAACUUGAAGGAGCUGGAGAAGUUUUGCCUUGAAGAAUGGGCAAAAAUCCCAGUGGCUAGAUGUGCCAAGCUGAUAGAGACAUACCCCAAGAGACUUGCAGCUGUAAUUGCUGCAAAAGGUGGCUCUACAAAGUAUUGACUUUAGGGGGGUGAAUAGUUAUGCAUGCUCAAGUUUUCUGUUUUUUUGUCUUAUUUCUUGUUUGUUUCACAAUAAAAAAUCUUCAAAGUGGUAGGCAUGUUGAGUAAAUCAGAUGAUACAACCCCCCCCCCAAACAUCUAUUUUAAUUCCAGGUUGUAAGGCAACAAAAUAGGAAAAAUGCCAAGGGUGAAUACUUUCACAAGCCACUGUAUAAGGGUUCUGUCUGAAAAACGUGCCUCUUUUUUGUUGUACAUGUUUAUGUGUCUAGACGCUACUGUAAAUGAUGGACCAGCUUGAACCAACUUCUGAACAAGACAUAGCACUUUAAAUUAUGUAUGGUAUUGAAGUACUUUUUAUUUUUUUGCGAUUCAGGUUUUGUUAUGAUUUUUAUGAAUAAUGACUAAAUGAUGUAUACAUUUAAAGUAGAACUAUAACUAACACUUUUACAAGCGAUUCAGGUUUCCAAAGAUACAGUAGCAAUAUUCAAAUAUAAUAGAUGACCAGACAAUUACAGGAACAAAUGAAGGUCAAUUAGCUGCAUUGUUACAGACAAGUGCUAACUGUAUGACAGAGAAUUUGCCUUUUUUUAAAUACAUUUUUACUUAAUUAAUUAAUUUUACUUACCACUUAUGUGUGUUGUAUUAAGACAUGUUAUACAGCUGCUAUUGACUUUUCUUAUGUAAUGGCAUAUUUUAAAUGUGUACAAUUUAUUGUUGAAGAGACUUCUACAGAAGAUCAUGUUGGAUACACAAGUAGUAACAAAGAGUUUUGUCUCGUUGAACCUGUCUCACAGACGGUGUUGCUGCAACUCGAUAAAAAAAGUCUUGGUUCAACCAUCUACCCAAUAAAGAUGCCGUGUUUGCCAUA